UGUGAGCUUCAGCAAUUAAAUACUUGGAUUGAAAAUUUUUGUGUUUUAUACACAAAGAUCCUCAUUUUUAAAAAUAUUGAAAGUGUAUAAUGUAGUUGUUGAAGAAACAUAAUUUAAAGUCAAUUUAAAGAACUUACUGAACUUAAAUUACAAAAUAGCUCUGAAAAAGUAAGAAUAAUUUCUUUACCCCACUCUCGAAAAAAGAAAAAAACAAAAUGUCAAUUCGGACCAAAGUACUGGGGCUCGUGGAUGUAAUGAUGCGUGUACCUCCCAUACUAAUAAUUGACGAAAUACUUAAAAUUGGCAUGGGCCUACCAACGCGUUUUUAUCCAGGAUAUAAUAUGACAAGCGUUGACGGCACAAAUAGUAGCAACGUCAUUAAUGUGGAAUCUUCCACAUUCAGCUCAUCUGUAGUAAAUUCCACAAACACAGUUUUAUCACAAGCCGUUAACAAUGCAAGCAAUGCGGCUGUGAGCGAAGGUAUGCUUAGCAGAUCCUUUACAGACAUGAUGGAUGAUUUGGCUCAGGAGGAUACUUUCUCAGAUAUAUUAGCUUUAACAUCAAUUAAAUUCAUUAUAUGUGUUUUAGGAUUUUUUGCUGCAUCAUGCGUAUUUAUGCUGUGGACGCGACACUUAGUAAUGGUAUACAUGUAUGUCAUAUCGCUGAGCUUAACUUUUCUAUCGUACUGGUCAAAUGUGGCUACUGUAAAACUUCUGCAAAGUAGUCCCUGUGUAAUAAUCGACAUCGCAUCCUUUAAUACAACCAGAUUGCUAGAUCCUACCGGUGCUGUAAUGUCAUUAAUACCACAUCUUGUAGCUCAAUGGUUUAUGGGAAUGUUAUUUGCCUACAUACAUUUAGGACCUAGGUACAAGUUGUUGCAAAGAGCCAUGCCAUUGAUAUAUGCAAUUCCAAUUAUACUAUCAAUAUUUCCACUCCCUGCUAAAUUUACGCAUUACUUACCAGUUGUUGCUGUGACUGCACCUAUGGUUCUAAGUAAAAUAGUAUUAUUCGGCAGUACAAUGGAAGCGGGCAAAACUAUAUACAACGGCUAUCAAUAUGCUAUGAAUUUUAUAUCGAAUUUUGGUUUAUCUGCUCUAAUAGAAAAUGAGUGGCAGCGUCUUAAUGUGCCAAGUGUGCUGAGAGUAUUUUGGACUAUAAGAAUUGUACAACAAUUUAUUUCUAUUGCUAUGUCUGAUGGGUUAACAACUGAUAAUUUUAUGCCAACUAUGCAAAAGCUAUUAGUUGAUGGCUGUGAAACAUUGACUGCGGUACUGGGUAUGACUUCAAUAAUAUCCGUAUUAUGUCAUUAUGUGGGCAAGGCAUUUCAAUGGUUUCUGCUUGCGUUUGAUGCUGAUGAAGAAAAAUCACUCGGAACGGUAUCUGCUGUUCUAUUUUACAUACUAGCAUUACAAACAGGAUUAACCUCCUUGCCACCGGAAAAACGUUUUGUUCGUCUUUGCAGAAACUUGUGUCUAUUGGUUACUGCUUUACUGCAUUUCCUACAUAAUAUUGUGUCACCAAUAUUGAUGUCUCUCAGCGCAGCACGCAAUCCAUCACGAAAAAGACAUUUACGUGCGUUACUUGUCUGUGCAUUCCUAAUAACAGCACCACUUAGUCUGCUUAUUUACCUUUGGUCACGUCAUGAGCCCUCUACGUGGCUGCUUGCUGUCACUGCAUUUUCAGUUGAAGUUAUUGUUAAGGUACUCGUGUCUUUAGCGAUAUAUACAUUAUUCUUACUUGAUGCCCGCCGUCAAACAUUUUGGGAAAAAUUGGACGAUUAUCUUUAUUAUGUCCGUGCUUUUGGAAACUCUGUUGAAUUUUGUUUUGGAAUUUUGCUGUUCUUUAAUGGUGCUUGGAUUUUGAUAUUUGAGUCUGCACGAAAUGCUACAGGAGGCGCUAUAAGGGCAAUUAUGAUGUGCAUCCAUGCUUACUUCAAUAUAUGGUGCGAGGCUCGAGCUGGUUGGUCCGUUUUUAUGAAGAGACGUUCAGCAGUACACAAGAUAUCAGCAUUACCAGAAGCAAGCCCGGCACAGUUAAGAGAUUUUGAUGACGUGUGUGCUAUUUGUUAUCAGGAAAUGUUUUCAGCCAAAAUUACGAGAUGUCGGCAUUUCUUUCACGGCGUUUGCUUACGAAAGUGGUUGUAUGUGCAGGAUCGUUGUCCAUUGUGCCACGAAAUCAUGAUGUACACUGAGAAAAAUGACGAUUCUGAAGACAGCGCAGACGUUGAAAAUAACGAUGCUGCAGCACAACCAGAAGCACGAGAUACGGAUAACACCCAAAGAGCGACUGAGUCCAAUGUAAAUGUUGCUCAAUUCUCCACUGAUCCAUCUACGACUUCAGCGGCAACAUCAGCAACAUCAGCAACAGCAGCAGCAGUUGCAACAGUAGCUGCAAGCAAUACACCGCAUGGGUUUCGAUUAUCACCUGACAUGAUUAUGCGGGAUUGAAAAAUAUAAUGGAAACUUAAUCAUAACGUACUUGUGUAUAAACUAUGUUAAGGCUAUGUUUAUAGUUAAAUUAUGGAUUAAUGUGUAUUUUUCGUUCAUAGUUGUACAGCAACAUUACAUCUUAAGCAAAGUUCUCCACAUCCAAAGCAAAUAAAUAUAUAUAAGUAGUAAAACUAGCGAUCGACAACAAUCAACUUGGUCACUGAACUGUACGUGAUACGCGAAGACACUACUACAAUUGUGGUCACGGAUUCCAAACUAAACAAAUCAAUUUUACACUACGCAAUUCUUUUUGAUUUAAAAAUUAAUACGUUUUAUAUUGAAAUUUUACUCACUCAUUUAUCUACAAUUAGGCAGCUCCACCUUCUUAUAUUUCUUUUUUUCUUUUUGUAAAUAUAUCUAAUAUUGAUUUGCUAGCUAUGAUAAAAAUAAUAACGAUGAU